AUUAUUCCAUAAUAUUUGCAACAAAGAAAAAAAUUCACCAAUAAAAAUGGAAAAUCGUAAUGAAAAUCCUAUCAUUGAUGAUAGUGCACCUCCAACUUAUGAAGAAGCAAUUGCGAUACCAUAA